AACAGGGAGAACAUUGAUUAUCAGAGUGCAAUCAGACGGCAAGGAUCGCUCCAAAGUUCAUUCGUCGAAAUACCAACAGACUGUGGGAGAGACGGCGGGGAUCUGAGACAGGUGGGACGGUAAUAGCUGAGGAUUAUAACCAAGAGAAUAAAGGCAGAACUGCAAACACAGAAGAAGGAAGAAAGUGACAAACAGGACAGGUUCAUCCAACUGAGAUCUGCUGGAGCUGAUAUCAGUGCUUUCUCUGAGACGAUGGAUAUCCUUGAGACGGAUGCCUAUGACAGGCGGCAGAGGAGAAACACGUCCUGCACUCUCUUUUUUUCCCUCUUGCCUUUUUUUUUGUCCACAGGUCUGUACUUCUACCUGUGGACUCCUGACAUCCCCUCAUCCAUCACAAAUGCAGGAGUCAAAUCAGCACCAGUGCUCCUAUUGGCUGCAGUAGUGCUGAGCUGGAACGGAGGUCGAAGUGUCCUGGGUGUGGUGGGAGGACUGGUUUUCUCGGCUGUAGGUGACUUCUGCCUGGUGUGGCCUGAGCUGUUCCUGCAUGGAAUGGGUGCAUUUGCUGUGGCUCAUCUACUCUACUCCUUCACCUUCCUCUCCAGUCGCUAUGCAACAUAUUCAUCUUCCGCCUGGGCCCGUUUUCUAUGUCUGAUCCCGUUCCUGUUGGGAGGUGCUUUUUACAUCUACCUAUAUCCAUUCCUGCAAAAGGCACCAAACUCAGAUCUACUAGUUCCUGGUGUGGGGGUCUACAUUUUGUUGAUUGGUUUGAUGGGGACAUUAGCCAUCAGAACUGGCCACACACCCACACUGUUAGGAAGUUUAAUUUUCAUGGUAUCUGACCUGUCACUGGCUUUGCAGGUUUUCAAAGUGACAGCACCAGUGGAGCAUGGUCACUUAGUAGUCAUGGUGACGUAUUAUUUGGCACAGCUGCUAAUAGCUGUGGGCGAUGUGAGGGCAAUGGAGAGCAAGGAUGACUUUGCAAAAUGGAAGAGGUCAUAAACUGCAUCCCUGUGGAACCCCUGAAGUCUGACAGAUCUCUCUCAACCUGCUUAAAACUACCUAUAAAUAUUUUCUGUCAGUAAAUAUAGAAAAAGAGGAAGAUAAAUAAAACAAGAUCGGCACUUUGACAGCUACUGUGUUCAAAAGAUGGAGUAAUAUAGCAAAUUACACCCCAAGAUUAUCUUGGUGUGUUUCUAAUUUGUAAUUGACAUUUCAAUGAACAUAGUAAUAGCCAAUGCAUUUUCAAAUUCCAAAGUCUACAAACAAUACAGGGAGAA